AUGCGGAUCUUCGACUACGACGAUUUAUACGAUUCGUAAGUUGUGCCUCAAGUUGAGCAAGUGAAUUCAUUAAAUUAAAGAUAUAAAGGCGGUGGUCCUCCAUGGGAGCGCAACCGUCUGCACAACAAAAUCAUGAAGCACAUGUUUGAGCCUUUUCCACACAUCGGAACUGUCGCCAAAGUUGUGAUUGAAGCAGGCGACGAAUCUCUGGUUAUUUUAACGUUUCCAUAUCUCAAAAGGAACUUUCCGUUUCAGAACAAGGAUCUUGAAGCUCAUCUGAAUAGGUAUCACGAUGAAGACGAUAUCGAGUUUAAUGUUGACUACUCCUUGAAUAAGAAGAAGCGUUGGGAAAAGAUUGUGAGUUUUUUUUUCUGGAAUUUGAGAAGACUCCUUUCAAUCGUCAAUACUUAUCCGAAACGGUUUCUAACGCUUGUUUUCUUUCCAGACAGAUCCAAUUUUUCUGCUUGAAAGCUGUUCAUAUCUUCUUCCGUUCGCAGAACUCGUCGUCUGUGACCAAAUCAUUGCAGGUAUAUAUAUCUUUUUUUCAAGAAGUUCUCUAUUUUGUUACUCUCAGGUCGUGUCAACCUUGCCACUUCUUCAGUUCAUUCUUUGCAAACCUCUCCUGACAGCGCGAAAACUUUUAUAAGAACUCAACAUUCUAAAGGAUAUGGACGGAAGGUUUUUUUUUGAAAACUAAGAGAUAAAGAGAAUAUGAUUUUUUGGUUGCAGUUCAUUCAUUUCGAUGGCUAUAGACCCAGCUCGGAUCCUACCAAAGAUUCCCACCGUCUUCCCAUUGUGGUGUUUUUCGUCAAGAAACACUACGAUAAUAUUUUCGUUUGCGUCCAGCGCUGGUUCUCCAAACUUUUCUACAGUAAGGUCAUUUCCAGCUCACAAUAUAAGUUUUUUUCUUUUGAAGAGAGAUACAAUUGGAAGCGAAGUUCUCCGGGCCACUGGACCAAUCUUUAUGCGAAGAACGCGAUUGCUUACGAUAUACACCAGGAUGAGGACGAACAAGUUCUGAGUGAAAAUGAGGAUCAAGACCGAACUUCUAGUCAUCUAGAUAGAAGGUUUAAAUCGAGAACAAAACUUUGAUUUCAAAUGAUAUAUUCAGAUUUACCUUGGAAAACUUCAUUUCCGACGAAAUUCCCAGAAGGAAAAGAAAAAAUCGCAAAGGCUUCACUUCAGAUUUUGAACUAAUCGAAACGCCAACUGAUUGA